AUGGCACUUGAACAAAAAUUUGUGGAUCAAUUAAGCGAUGAAAAUGAAGAAGACUUUGAUGCAGAUAAAGUAGAUUCUAAAAACCAAGAAGUUUCUUUACUUUCAAUACCUAUUAAAGAAGCAAAUGAACCUGUAUAUAGACUUAAUCCAACUAAUACUACUUCUUCCGAUCAGUUUACAGCCACCAGUAUUACAUGCCUUGAUAAUUGUUUUCCUGAUGAGACUUUAAGAAUAGAAGCAAUUUUCUUACAAGAUGUUAUCUCAGUGCAAAAAAGCAAUAAAGUUGGAAGAAGAAAGUUAGGAGUUAAAUCCUUCCAAAUCGCUGUUACAUCAACAUCACAUUCAAAUAUAGAAAAUUCUAAUCAAGCUAUUUCUGACCAACUGCCAAUUGAUUCAAGAAAAUUAGUAAAUCAAGAUGAACCGCCAAGAAAAAAGCAAAGACAAUAUUGUGAAACCAAACCUGAAGAAAAAAAGCUCUUAGAACCAUUGCUGACUUGUUCUGAAUAUCCAACUAGUAACCAAUUAGAUCAAGUUAAAGAAACAUUAGGGGAUGAAUGGGAUAAAAAUCGGAUUUGCGGAAUUGCCAAUAGAAUAAAAUGUUAUAGAAGAGCUCAAAAGGCAAAACCUCAACUUCUUUUAGAUAGAAAAAAUGCUGACGAAAAAAAGUAUUAA